CCAUUCACUCAUCAACGCAGUCGGCAACACAGCAUCUCUCCCUCGCUGCAAAACGACCUCCAUCUUCAUGCACAUCUGGAACCUAGCACAUAGUCCGCACCAUGGAGGAGCCGGCUAGCGACAAACAUCAAGAAAAGGACGCAUAUGGCGGCUCCAAGGCGACCAAGUUUCACUUCAAACCGAAGUCCGAACGUUCAAAACGACGCCACAGAGCAAAUGACGACGGAGACUACCAUGAAGAGCAACGGUCUAAGCGACGCCGAUCCGAGAGAGACCCUGAAUCACGACGCAGCCACCGAGAGCCGAAGCGCAAAGAUAAGCAUCGCCGCUCUGACUACGACCGUAGCUUCGCCCGAAAUGGCGAGUACAAUGACCCAGACCACCGUUAUCGCGAGUCUAUAUAUGAUGGCCUGGAUGGCGAGGGCCUCCGCUCGCCGGAGGCUGAUCCCGACGAUGCCUUUCGCGAGUCGCUCUUCGAUGCGCUCGCCGAUGACGAAGGGGCGGCAUACUGGGAGGGCGUGUACGGACAGCCCAUACACGUAUACCCCAAUACGAAGCCUGGUCCGGACGGCAAGCUGGAGCGCAUGAGCGAGGAAGAGUACGCGGAGUAUGUUAGGACUAAGAUGUGGGAGAAGAGCCAUCAGCACAUCCUCGAGGAACGUGCGGCAAGAGAGAGAGCUCGCCAGAAACAGAGGAGGCAGCAGGACGAUCUAGAAGAAGAGGCUGACGGGGAGGAAGAGGAGCGGGAGAAAGUACGGCGUCAAAUGGAGGAAAGUCUGAGGCGUGGCGAAGCGCGGAAAAAGGCCAAGGAGGCAGAAGUAUCGUGGGUCAAUUAUUUAAGAAAGUGGGAAGAUCUCAAGAAUAAGGCUCUUGCCCAGGAGCCUGAAAGUGGGGUACGGGAGACCAUCCCCUGGCCAGUGGCAUCAGGCAGAUCCAAGCACGUCGAGAAAGACGAGAUCGAGCGGUUCCUGAAGUCCUCUAGUGCUUGGAGAGAGGACGCGGUUGCUUUGCUGAAAGCGGAGCGAGUCCGGUGGCAUCCCGACAAGAUGCAACAGCGCUUCGGGCAGCAUAUCGAUUCCGAGACGAUGAGACUUGUCACCGCUGUCUUCCAAGUCAUCGACAGACUGUGGAACGAACGCCGGACGUAGUGGUGACACUACGGUGCGUCACUGUCUCCCGAUACUUCGGGCCUCGCUGCCGUCUAACAGUGAUCCUGCAAUCAAAGCCAGAACGCCUCCACCGAGGCUUUGCCUCUUUCUUCGACAAACCGUACCCCUUGGGCUCGACGCGGACAGUCUCCAGUAUUCAUCGCUCUUGGAGUCAUUGCGCCCAUUCCUUAGCCGAGCUAUGCCAGGGUGUUUGUCGACCUGCAAGCCUCGUUCUUGCCAUCGUCAAAACAGAUGCCCUUAAUAAUAGCAUUCGUCAAACCUGGUCAUGUCGUCCCUGAGUAUUUUGAGACGGGUGUAAAUCGGAACA